UUUGUGCGCGAAGCAGCAGUUCCAUCGCCUCCUCCAUCGCCAGCUCGACAGUCCGACCACCGAUAAACUGCGUCAUUCUCUCUGGCCGUAGGGCGCAGGAAGUGAACGGCAGAAGUGACAACGAAACGUGUCUUCUGGAAAUUCGAAUCGAAAUCGAACCAGCACACGUGUGUCCAGCAGCGGAAAACAAGAAGUGCAAACACGUGAAACAGGGACGCCAGUGCUAGGAUCGAAAAAAGAAAAUCCGGAAAACGGGAGUUGCCACAGCGGUGUUGGUGUGCCCGGAAAAAGUGUACCUGCUGUUCUGCAGCAGUGCGUGCAUCUUAGCCAUUCUCCACCGUGUGCAGCGCAAGACGAGAAGUGCGUACCUCAGGCGUGAGCAGUGCGUGCGUGCGUGCGUGUGCCUCGGGCCUUAGUGUGCUGCUGGCGAGCGAGCGAGGUCCUUUAGUGUUCAACGACAAUCGUGCACUAGUUGCCAUACGUUCGGUUGCCACCUUGCUGUAGGCGUAGACGUGGAUAGCUGUCGGGACGCUGACGCCCCCUGACUCGCUCUUCUCCUUUCUUACCCUUCUGAUCGGCGAAAAAUUGGUUUUCAUGAUAUCUGCUUGGAUAAACCCCUAUAAUGAGAAGUGCGGAACUUUAAAAGUUCCCGACUCUUAUUCUCAACGCAUCAUGGACGGUUACAAUUUGCAACCGCAUCAGCAGCAGCAUACUUAUUCCAACGGAAACAGCGGUACCAGCGCCCAUUGUAACGGUGCAAGUCGGAAUGGCGGAACCACGAUGUAUACUAGUGCCCACGGUUAUCCGGCAGCAACGUUCAACUACGCGACGAUGAGUUACGCGCACUCUGAAGGAGGAUCAGUAUCUCCGCCACCGUCACCCCGAUCCAACAGCUCCAUCUCUUCUGCGUACUCUUCCUCGUCGUCCACGGCGGCUUCGCUGUCGGCUUCAUCAGCUCUAUCUUCCUCGUUUUCGUCCUCGUCAUCUUCGUCCUGUAUUUCUUCGGCCGGAUCCGAGAAUGGCGCUUCAUAUGAAAACCUGGACAUUGCGGCACAACGGCUGGCGGUGCUGUCGUUCGAGCAAGUCCGGAAACUGAACGACGUGAUGAACGAGCCGGUAUCGAUCCACGGACGUGGAAACUUUCCGACCCUUGAGGUGAAGCUGAAAGAUCUGGUGAACAUUGUGCGCGAAAAGCUAGAAACGGACGUUACAUCCGGAGGCGCUGGAAUGACGGUGAAGGAUAUUCGCGUGAACGGUGGCCUUGCUAGUCAUGUUUUGGCGUCUGAGCCUCAGCCAUACAAUGAUCUCGAUCUGAUCUUUGCCGUCGACUUCAGCAUGAGCCGAAGCUAUGAUCGGGUCAAGUCGGCGGUGCUAUCCUCAUUGCUCGACCUAAUGCCUGAGGGUGUCGUGAAGCGCAAGAUUACUCAGUGCUCGCUGAAGGAGGCGUACGUUGGCAAGAUGGUGAAGGUGAACAGUGACGGUGACCGCUGGAGCCUCAUCUCGCUCGGCAAUUCUUCCGGUCACAAGAACGUGGAGCUUAAGUUUGUCGAUACAAUGCGCCGUCAGUUCGAGUUCAGCGUCGACUCCUUUCAAAUCGUGUUAGAUUCGCUCUUGAUGUUCUACGACUGCGCUGAAAUGCCGAUGAUCACAGAAAACUUCUAUCCGAGUGUCGUUGGAGAGUCGGUAUACGGCGAUUUUCAAGAGGCGUUAUAUCACUUGCAAAAAAAGUUGAUCUCUACUCGCCAACCGGAGGAGAUCCGUGGCGGUGGUCUUCUAAAGUAUUGCAAUUUACUGGUGAGGAACUACAUGCCAGUAGAUACGCAGAAGAUCAAAACCUUGGAGCGGUACAUGUGCUCACGAUUCUUCAUCGAUUUUCCGGACAUCGUUCAACAACGCAGCAAGCUGGAAUCGUACCUGAAGAAUCACUUUUUCGAUGAAGGCGAGGAGCAUCUACAGUACCAGUACCUGAUGCAUUUAUUCGACGUCGUUGAACAGUCGACUGUGUGCCUCAUGGGCCAUGAGCGUCGGCAAACGUUAAUGCUGAUCGAGUCCCUUGCCAUUGAAAUUUUGUAUCGAGACCAACAACAGCAGCACAACGCUGGCAUUAUCACCACCACAUCGCCGACCGGUAGCUCAACCUCACCGGUGCCUGGCAGUGCCCAGCACUCAACGCUACAGCUGCAGACACAAAUGUCUCAACUAUCACUAUCUCCACAACAGCUGUCUCCGCAGCCUUCGGCGUUGCUUGGCCAACAUCACUCCCAGGCUCAUUCGCCUAGUGGCCAUCAAUCUUCCCAAGCAUCUCCGCAGUCUCAACAGUCAACACAGCAGCAGCAUCAAUUGGCAUCUCAAACGCAGCAGCAAUCGCAAGCGCAGCAACCUGCAGCGAUUGCUCAGACCCAGGCCAUAACAUUAGCUCCGCAGCCCGGACUGCUGUACGCCAACGGAAUCUACUACGCCCCAAUCAUUCCUUAUACCCAGUGCACCUGCAACAGUUGGAUCGCAACGUGAUUGGUGCCUCCAAUGCCGCUGGAUGCUAGUAUCGUCAAUAUUUCCAGCACCGAAUCCUCUGCGGUGGCACCGGAACUAUCCGAGUCAACUUCAUCCCAGAGCAACUGCUACAGCAGGAAUAUCGUGCAAAGUCCCUUAUCCAGCAAUCACAUUGCGUCAUGUCGAUCAAUGCGUGGAUUGAUGACUCCUUCGUUUCAGCAGUCCUCACUUGUACCAUCAUCUUCCUCCUUUCUGUCUUUAGCACCAUCUCCUCGUUCAUCACCCACGUUUUCUUCAUCCGUCGCGUCUGCAGUACGAGGUGCAGGAGAGUUCGUUCAGCAACUAAAGUUUCUGUCCCUACCCAUACUACUUUGAUCAGCGGAUAUUUCGUCUAAGCUGGCGAUCUUGCACGAGGAUGGAAAAUAUUAUUAUCGUCUACAAAACGAUGCAUCGAUCCUCAGCGAAUAAUGAUCCUUUAUCAUGUGGUGCGUUGUUGUCACAGCGAUGAUCAGGAGCUUCUUGAGUGAGUUACAUUAAAACAGUUCGUUCAAUAUGAAUUCUAUUGGUAACCGUAUCUUUAAUAACGAUGGUUGCGCUGGAUAAAUAAAUUGCCACUUGCUUUUUGUCUAGCGAUGCCAACCUUUCCCUGUCAGAAAACUCUAAACUGCAAACAAGGAGAUCACCGUUAAUCGAGUUAUUUUAUUUUGAAGUGUUUUUCGACAGAAUUCACAAAGUACAUACCGUACAAUCAAAGGGUAAAUAAUUUGUUUGAGUUGCAAGGCAGACGAAAAUAAUGCAAACAAAAAGACUUAUAAAAAAAAUGUUUAAAACGAUCUAAUUGCGAGAAAUGAGAAUUAAUAAACAGAUGAUCAAAUAGAAACCAUGAAUACAGCAAUGUGAUGUGCGGAUGUGGGCUUAUGUUACAAAGGGCGAUGUUCACUUAUUGGUUCAUAAAUA